UUUACCAACACUCAUUUUCAUAUCAAAUGUGUUACAAAGAAAACUAAACUAGAACUAAACCUUCCUCUUAAACCUUCCUUCUCUCCCUUCUCACAAGGGACAAUUCAGAGAGAGAAAGAAAGAGUUUUCAUAAGAUCAUAACCAUGUCCCAACACAGUCAUCUAUCUUUUGCCUUUGGAGUUCUAGGCAACAUUUCAUCUUUUGUGUGCUUUCUGGCACCACUACCAACAUUCUAUAGAGUUUGUAAGAAGAAAUCAACAGAAGGGUUUCAAUCAAUCCCUUAUGUGGCUGCAUUAUUCAGUGCAAUGCUUUGGCUUUUUUAUGCUUAUAUCAAGACAGGAGAAACUCUUCUCAUCACCAUCAAUGCAUUUGGUUGUGUGAUUGAAACUAUCUACCUAGCCAUUUAUGUCACUUACUGUCCCAAGAAAAUUAGGAUGUCGACAUUGAGGAUGAUUGUGUUGAUGAAUUUCGUCGGAUUCGGCACGAUUGUCGUCUUAACUUAUGUCCUAGCAAAAGAAGAAGAAGGACGUAUCAAGCUUCUCGGAUGGAUCUGUGUAGUUUUUGCCACUAGUGUUUUUGCAGCACCUUUAAGUAUUAUUAGAGUUGUUAUUCGCACCAAAAGUGUAGAGUUUCUUCCUUUUCCUCUUUCACUUCUUCUCCUCAUAAGCGCGGUUAUGUGGCUCUUGUAUGGUCUUUCUCUCAGAGAUAUCUAUGUUACCCUUCCGAACGUUGUGGGGUUAACAUUUGGAAUAGUUCAGAUCACACUGUAUGCUAUAUACCGAAACAGUAAGCCAGUAAAUGAUGAGAAGCUUCCUGAACACAAAGGAGAUGUUACUAAUAUUACCAACAAUGAAAUUGAAACCGUGGUUCCAGCUUCCGAUGAGAAGAAAAUUGAAGUGAGUGUUGAUAUAGAGAUCGUGGAUAAAAAGGAAGAGCAGAAAGAUGAACAGGAUGAAGAGAAGAAACCAAAGGAGCAGGUAACUGAGGUAAAGAAUGAGAAAGACAACAUUGAUGUUAACAAAAGUGGUUGUGAAGUCUAAUGAAAAAAGAAUUGCUGGAAGGGGUGAAUCUGGGUCUGUGUUGUUGUGUGAUGUUCUAAUUACGUGUAAGAUUGUAAGACGCGUAUAAAGGGGAAGAAACAGUGUGGAUAUUGACGUCUGUGUAUCUUUGUCUUUGUCUACACGUAGUGCUUUAUAAUUUAACUUUUUAUGUGAGUUUCUCUUUUGUGUAGUUGAAACUAAUUAUAAUAAAAUACAUGCCCCUAUUCUAGAGAGGUUUAUGGAAA